CGCAGCGAAAAUGAUAUCGAUGCUCUUCCAUAUGUCGAUCGCGAGAUCGACGACCCAGAAAUGAAAACCACUGUCGAACGGCUGAUCGAUCAAGAACUGCGACGAAUGCGACGGAAACCCGGAAGCGAUCGAUCGCAGCUGCCUAUGGAAGUGGAAUUAUUUCAAAACAAUGCGAUGCUCAAGCAAGAAUGGGAACGCGUUAAAAGAAAUGAACCAUUAAAUGCACUGGACUAUACGCGCUACGAAAUUAAAGCACCAGAAGAAGACGAGGCUGAUGGAGAAGCAUGGAAGGCGGCAGUCGAUAACUCGAAAGCUCAACUAGAAUCACAAACAGACAGCAUGUUCAACUUGGAAUUGUUGGCCAAGUUUGGACCCAACGCAUGGCGUGUCCAUAACUACCAGUUAGAAGCACAACUGAAACAGCUGCAGCAAACGACAAGCGAGUAUCGGGAUGCUGUGCUAAAGAUCAAUCGCGAGCGAAAGGCGGAUCAGACCCAAGCAGGCGGAUCACUCCGAACGUUGGAAAGCAAGUGGUCGGAUCUGAUUACACAAAAUCUUCAAGUGGACAUUGCUGCCUCAGCACUAGAACAAGAAGUAGAAGAAUUGAGACGG